CUUUGCUUUUCUUUUGGGUUGCUCUUCUUCUGGGCGGAUCUUGGGUGCUCCUCUCUCUCUCCACUCCCCCUCUUCACUCUCACUACUUUAGCAGCCACUACUUCUCCGGCUGCGCACGUGGAGAGAACACUAUAUACUUGCAGCAACGGUCCCACGCGCUUUAUGACUACUUUUACGCGGUCGUGUCUCGAGCCCAAUGUUGUCAUCUGCGGCACGCUCCAUCCAUUUUUUUCAAAGCCCUCGCGCGAAAGAAGAAACAUUUUGGAAAGCAAAAUACUUGCAGAGAAUGACUCCAGCAUAACAUCGGCUCCUGUUGUUGUCUACCCCCACCUCUCUUGUCUCUUUUUACCCCCCCCCCCCCUGUCCCGCGCUCUCCAAGUUUGAGUCAUUGCACAGAAGUAUGGUAGAUAAAGGCCCCUUGUUGACUUCUGCCAUUAUUUUUUACCUGUCCAUUGGGGCAGCAAUUUUUCAAGUUCUGGAGGAACCCAAUUGGAAGCUGGCUGAAAAGCAAUAUAGUUUCCAGAAGGCUAAAAUACUAAAGGACUAUCCCUGUCUGACUGAAGAUGAUUUGGAUCGAAUUUUAGAGGUCGUGUCCGAGGCUGCCGGCCAGGGGGUCACCAUAACCGGUAAAAAGCCCUUCAACAACUGGAACUGGCCAAAUGCUGUUAUCUUCGCAGCAACUGUUAUCACCACUAUCGGAUAUGGGAACAUUGCCCCCAAAACGUCAGCAGGCCGUGUAUUUUGCAUCUUCUAUGGUCUGUUUGGAGUGCCUUUGUGUCUUACCUGGAUCAGUGAACUAGGAAAGUUCUUUGGUGGCAGAGCCAAGCACCUGGGCCAGUUUCUAACCAAGAAAGGAUUUUCACUGAGAAAAGCUCAAUUUACCUGCACAGCUAUUUUUCUUCUCUGGGGUGUGCUGGUCCAUUUAGUCCUUCCACCUUUUGUAUUCAUGUCCCAAGAGGGUUGGACAUACAUCGAAGGCUUAUACUUCUCAUUUGUCACCUUGACUACAAUUGGUUUUGGGGACUUGGUUGCAGGUGUGGAACCAAAUAAAGAAUACCCUACUCUGUACCGUUACUUUGUGGAAGUGUGGAUUUAUCUGGGGCUGGCAUGGCUUUCUUUGUUCUUCAACUGGAAAGUGCGUAUGGUGAUUGAGGCCCACAAGGCACUGAAGAAACGCCGCAAGCUGCGUAAACUAUCUCUGGACGAGCUCCGGCAUUACAAAGAGUCUCACAAAGCUGCCCUUCGUUUGCCCCCGACUCCAAAUGACGUCAACAUCUUCAGCUUCCUGUCCAAGAAGCAGGAAGGCUACAAUGACUUGAUUAAGCAGAUUGGCACUAAAAAAGACGGUAGAAACAAUGGUAGCAAUGGCAACGCAGUCAGUAAAUCCAAAGACAUGUCUCGCUCUAAGAGUUGUAAUGAUGCUCCCAUGUUUAACGGCCACACCAUCCUCAGUCUGGACCGCUCGCCGCGUCAAAAGAGACGCUAUAGUUUCAGUGACCGUGUCACUGUUGCCUUUUCAAAGUCCAAGAACUACCUCCUGGGCUCAGACAAUGGUUUGCUGCUAACAGAGGACCAUGUAGAGGUGGACCUAGAUCUUGACCAGGACCCAAUGUUUGAGAACCAGCUUGACAAGGAUGUCGACCCAGAGAAUGGAGGAGGGGGAGAAUGUGGAGGAGGUGGUCGAAGGGCAUGGGACUCCAAGGAUUACCAUCCUCUAACCUUCCAAAAUGCAAAUAUUACUUUCAUUGACGAGGAGAACUUUCUUAGCAAUAACCUGGAGGAGGAGGACGACGAUGAUGAUGACGAUGAUGAUGAUUCGAAAGCAAAACUAUCCAUCACUACAUGUGAUGAAAACAUUGAAACAAACUCCAAGGAGGAGCAGUGCUCUGAAUCUGAAGGGUCUGUGUUCACCAGUGAAGGUUCAGAACACGGUCACUCCUAUGAGAAACUCGUAGAGGAGUAUGCAAAAGAAGACAAUACAGAAUCUUGAGAUAAUAGGGUUUUGAACUGUGCAGUCAACACACAUUGAUCUACUGUUGUUGACUGCGUUAUUAUUGAAGUAAAUGCAUUUCUAAUGUGAACCGUUUGAAAGGACAUCAGAAGUACUAUUGCACUGCUGGGGGUCCGAUGAUGAAAGACUGCAAAGCCCGAUCAAAUUUCAAAUGAAUGUUCUGUUCUUGGUGGAAAAAUGAAAAAAGCCACAUGAUUUUGGCUAAUGUGAAAGGUUGAGCUUUCUGUAAACUCUUGGAACAAAUGACCUGGAUCUUGAUGAAUAUGGAGUAUUUAACAUCUGCUCUAUUUAUGCCUUUUUAUACGGUUUUAAAAACUAUAUGCCACGCAUUCAUUGUAAUAUGCCCAAACCAAUAACUAUUUUCUGUGAGAGCUUGUUUUUUUACUCAUAGGCUAAUAAGAAAUGAUAUGUGGAAAUGGUUUUAAUUUCACAUAGUUUCUUCUAUACAUAUUCACCAUAUUGGUGUUUUUAUAAUAUUUAUUAAAAUGAAGGACAUGGUAGCUUUUUAUUCAUUGGCUACAUGGGUUUUUAUGUCUCCCAUUGCACAAUUCCACCAAAUGAGGACAGUGUAAAGUCCAUUCCAGUGCAGAUUGUCUUUUAGAACCUGAGCCAAACAUUGUCUGAAGGAGGUUAAGAGACAAUUCUCCCUUUUCUUUUUCUUUUUUUCUUUUGGUAUUUCAUUUUUCUUUUUGUGAAGUCCUUGAUAACUUGUUGUGUCUGAGAUUGCUGUUUGUUUUGACUGUAAGCAAUAGAAUUGUGACUGCACUAGAGGUCAUCAGUGAUGCAUAGGCGACAUGUGGAGACCCACAACUAACUGAAAGGAAACUUGGAAAAGAAAGUCAUUUACUUUUAUAAACAGAGAAGCAUUUAUGGCAAAAAUACGAACAUGCAGCCAAGGAGAAAUUCAAACUGGAGAUAUUUGUCCUUUUUUGUAUAACUCUGUUCCCAGCCUUUUUUUCUUGACUGCUUUGAGAAAAAAAAAAAAAAAAAUCUGGUUUGCAAUGAUCCUCCCACUGUGACACAGACACCUCUUAGUAUACACUCAAACCGGUUUUCUUGAACACACACUUUUUAUUGUUGUGUUUUGCUGCUGACAGCACGUCAACUGUCAACCUCUGUUUUUGGCCCUCUACCAUAGCAGUGAAUAAUGGGAACAAACAUUUUAUAGCAACAAUAUUCUUUCCCCUUUUUUUUGUCUCUUUAGCACCCUUUCACAUCAUUGUAUUUGCCAUGUAAAUAUUGGCUGAAAGCCCACCAGUAGCCACAAAUACAGCUCCUCUCAGGACACGGCCUUGCUACUCGUGUUUGCCUUUGGGGGCUCGCACUGGCAUGGAUGACUGAAGUACCGCUUACGACAGUCAGCCAAGGUUAACCUGCAAAAGAUCAAUGCUUUCUUGACGUAGGCUUCGGUUAUGAGGCGAGGUUUAGCGGUAUUGGUGCUUUCAGUCCUUUUUAUAGUAUUUUCCCCUCUCGUAGCAUUUGAGAACAAAACUGUAAACUUGAGGGGAUUCAAUUUCAUGUCCGUUGCUUUUCACAGUCUCAUUUUGACCAAUCCCUGCUCCACACCGUGCGCCUUUUGCACACGUUAACUUGCACAAAAACGUGAACCAGUGUUACUUUUAAUAUUAAGGUGGCAGCGAUCGCACUGUCACACAGGGCUUACUUUGAAUUUCAAACCAGUCUCAAAAUUUAAGCCACAUACAGUUCAAUCUAAAUAUACUGUAAAUACAGUCUCCAUGUUUGUAGUUUUUUUUUUUUUUAUGUGAACACAGGGACCAAACCAUCCUAACUCCUAACUCUGCCUUAUAGAUGACUGCUAGGAAGUAAAAAUGCCUUAAAUCCACUGCAAAGCAGAGGGUAUGCAGUACAUACAGUACAAUAUAACAUCUGUUGAAUGUACUUUGCAACGACUCACUGAAAAGGUGAUGUUUUUUUCACACUGGGUGUUUUUAUUUUUCUCCUGUUUUUUUUUGGUAUUUUGACACAGAGCCACCUGUUUUC